AUGUCUAAAUUUUACGAAUUAGCUCCAAAAGACGCCAAAGGUGAACCAUAUCCAUUUGAACAAUUGAAAGGGAAAGUUGUUCUUAUUGUCAAUGUUGCUUCCAAAUGUGGAUUCACUCCUCAAUACAAAGGUUUAGAAGAAUUGAAUAAGAAAUUUGCUGAUCAACCAGUACAGAUCUUGGGUUUCCCAUGUAAUCAAUUUGGUCAUCAAGAACCAGGUACUAAUGAAGAAAUUGGAUCAUUCUGUUCAUUAAAUUAUGGUGUUACAUUCCCAGUAUUGGAUAAAAUCGAAGUCAAUGGUGAUAAUACCGAUCCAGUUUAUAAAUAUUUGAAAUCACAAAAGAGUGGUGUUUUGGGAUUGACCAGAAUUAAGUGGAAUUUUGAAAAAUUCUUGAUUGAUCAAAAUGGUAAAGUUAUUGAAAGAUUCAGUUCAUUGACAAGUCCAGAAAGUAUUGGUGCUAGGAUUGAAGAAUUGUUGAAGAAGUAA